UCUACGCGUCUGUGAUACUUUCCGUUACGCUCCUCUCUUUUAUCUCUGCUCCAACUACAAGCUCGGCUUCCCUCUGAGCUGCGACCAACCCCACUCUCUCUCUAACUCCCGUCUUCCGUCUCUCUGUUUGCAUUGCUUCAUCGAAGAGGGAAGGGAUCAAGAAAGGAGAAGGACCGUGGCUCCAGAAGCUAAAGAAUGGCUGGUUUUGUGGGAGUUUUGGUCUCCGAUCCGUGGCUCCAGAACCAGUUCACGCAGGUCGAGCUCCGCUCCCUCAGAUCCCGGUUCCUCUCCAUGAGGGAUCAUGGCUCCGGCGGCAGUAUGAAGCUCCGCGACCUGGCCGGCGCGAUGUCGGAGCUAAAGAUCGGCGGCGAUGGCCUCACGGAGACCCAGAAGACCUCUUUCCUUAAAGAAUCCUUCCCCAACCUCGACGACAAUGUCGACUUCGAGCUCUUUCUUCGGGUUUAUUUGAAGAUGCAAGGCCAGAUUGGGGCGAGGAGCUCGUCGUCGUCGGCGUUCCUCAAGGCCGCCACCACCACUCUGCUUCAUACGAUCAGUGAGUCGGAGAAGGCUGCCUACGUUGCUCACAUCAAUAGCUUUCUGGAAGGAGAUGGGUCUUUGAGGAAGUAUCUCCCGAUCGAUCCAAUGACGGAUGAUCUCUUUGAGAAAUCCAAGGAUGGUGUGCUUCUAUGUAAACUCAUUAAUGUGGCUGUCCCUGGGACCAUCGAUGAGCGGGCGAUCAAUACGAAGAGGGUGCUGAACCCGUGGGAGAAGAACGAGAACCAUACCCUGUGCCUCAACUCGGCCAAGGCCAUUGGAUGUACCGUGGUCAAUAUUGGGACACAGGACCUUGCUGAGGGGAGGCCUCAUCUGGUUCUUGGAUUGAUAUCUCAAAUUAUUAAGAUACAACUUUUGGCGGAUGUUAACCUGAAGAAAACUCCUGAAUUAGUAGAAUUGGUUGAUGACAGCAAGGACGUUGAGGAGCUGAUGAGUCUACCACCAGAGAAGAUACUACUUAGAUGGAUGAACUUUCAGCUGAAGAAAAGUAGCUUUAAGAGACUGAUAACGAAUUUCUCAUCAGAUGUAAAGGAUGGAGAGGCCUAUGCUUGUUUACUGAAUGUUCUAGCACCUGAACACAGUAGUAAGCCAUCAGCAAUGACAGUGAAAGAUCCUCUACAAAGAGCAAAAUUAGUUCUUGAACAUGCAGAUAAGAUGGGUUGCAAAAGAUAUCUGACCCCAAAAGACAUCGUUGAAGGUUCACCAAAUCUUAAUCUUGCUUUCGUUGCACAUAUUUUUCAGAAAAGGAAUGGGUUAUCAUCACAGAUGAAACAAAUCUCAUUUUUAGAAGUAAUGUCUGACGAUAUACAAGUUUCCAGGGAAGAAAGAGCAUUCCGAUUAUGGAUAAAUAGCCUUGGAAUCUCAACAUACAUCAAUAAUGUUUUUGAAGAUCUUAGAAAUGGAUGGGUCCUUCUAGAAUCCAUUGACAAGGUAGCUCCAGGAGUAGUCUGUUGGAAGGUUGCAAACAAGCCACCAAUUAAAAUGCCAUUCAGAAAAGUAGAAAAUUGCAAUCAAGUUGUGAAAAUAGGGAAACAAUUAAAAUUUUCACUGGUUAAUGUUGCUGGGAAUGAUAUUGUUCAAGGAAAUAAGAAACUCAUUUUGGCUUUUUUAUGGCAAUUAAUGCGGUACAAUAUCCUCCAACUUUUAAAGAAUUUGAGAUUGCAUUCUCAUGAGAAGGAGAUAAAAGAUAUAGAUAUAUUGAACUGGGCUAAUGAUAAAGUAAAGAGUUCAGGAAGGCACUCUCGUAUGGAGAGUUUUAAGGAUAAAACUCUUUCAAGUGGCUUUUUCUUCCUUGACUUGCUUAGUGCUGUGGAACCUCGAGUUGUGAACUGGAGCCUUGUUACUCAUGGAGAAAAUGAUGAAGAGAAAAAGAUGAAUGCCUCUUAUAUAAUCUCAGUAGCAAGGAAGCUCGGUUGCUCCAUAUUUUUGCUGCCGGAAGAUGUAGUAGAGGUGAAUCAAAAGAUGAUGCUUACACUGACAGCAAGCAUAAUGUACUGGCACUUGAAAAGGCCAACUGAAGACGGAUCUGUGGAUUUGGAUGGUCAAAAUGGAAGUGCAUCUGAAACUAUCUCAAACUCUACUCUAGAUGAUUCUGCAUCUGAGUCCUCAACAGAUGAUAAUGGAAGCAGAUAGGUGUGCAGUAACCACAGACAGCUGACAAUCUACUUGAACUACUAAUAUCUAUUGUUUCCUUUUCUUCUUUCUACCUGUUUUUUUAAAUGUUUGAGAUAACAGGAUGCGUUGGACAUUGUCAUGACUUAGUCUCAGAUUUAGAUUGGGAGCAGUUUUUGUAGGUUCUCAUGGUUUGGUAGGACAGUGAUGGGUACAUGAAGUGCCCAAUCAAACGAAAAUAGUUGAUUGUAAAUACUGACUAAAAUUGUUGCCUAAUUACAAUUGAAGUUGUUUCUUUACCAAA